GAAGCUCUUUCCUCUGGCUCUGCUCAGGGGUGAUGCCCACGGAGCAUCACUUUUCAAGAAUUGGAUCAUGAACAACUUUAUCCUCUUGGAAGAACAGCUAAUCAAGAAAUCUCAACAGAAGAGAAGGACUUCUCCCUCGAACUUUAAAGUCCGCUUCUUUGUUUUAACCAAAGCCAGCCUGGCAUACUUUGAGGAUCGCCAUGGGAAAAAGCGCACGUUGAAGGGCUCCAUUGAACUCUCCCGAAUCAAAUGUGUCGAGAUUGUGAAAAGUGACAUUAGCAUCCCAUGCCAUUAUAAGUACCCGUUUCAGGUCGUGCAUGACAACUACCUCCUGUAUGUGUUUGCUCCAGACCGCGAGAGCCGGCAGCGCUGGGUGCUGGCCCUUAAAGAAGAAACAAGGAACAAUAACACCUUGGUGUCCAAAUAUCAUCCUAAUUUCUGGAUGGAUGGGAGGUGGAGGUGUUGUUCUCAGCUGGAGAAGCUUGCAGUGGGCUGUGCCCACUAUGAUCCGACGAAGAAUGCUUCAAAGAAGCCUCUUCCUCCUACUCCUGAAGACAACAGGCGCUCACUUCAGGAACCUGAAGAAACCCUGGUCAUUGCCUUGUAUGACUACCAGACAAGCGAUCCCCAGGAGCUCGCCCUACAACGCAAUGAGGAGUACUACCUACUGGACAGUUCUGAGAUUCACUGGUGGAGAGUUCAGGACAGAAAUGGGCAUGAAGGAUAUGUACCAAGCAGUUAUCUGGUGAAAAAAUCUCCAAAUAACCUGGAAACCUAUGAAUGGUACAAUAAGAGUAUCAGCCGAGACAAAGCUGAAAAACUUCUUUUGGACACAGGGAAAGAAGGAGCCUUCAUGGUACGAGAUUCCAGGACUCCAGGAACAUACACCCUGUCUGUUUUCACCAAGGCUAUUGUAAGUGAGAACAAUCCCUGUAUAAAGCAUUAUCACAUCAAAGAAACAAAUGACAACCCCAAGCGAUACUAUGUGGCUGAAAAGUAUGUGUUUGAUUCCAUCCCUCUCCUCAUCAAUUAUCACCAACACAAUGGCGGAGGCCUGGUCACUCGACUGCGGUAUCCAGUUUGUUCCAGUAGCCAGAAAGCCCCGGUCACGGCAGGGCUGAGAUAUGGGAAGUGGGUGAUCCAUCCUUCAGAGCUCACUUUUGUACAGGAGAUCGGCAGUGGGCAGUUUGGGUUGGUGCAUCUUGGCUACUGGCUCAACAAGGAUAAGGUGGCCAUCAAAACCAUCCAGGAAGGGGCGAUGUCAGAAGAGGACUUCAUAGAGGAGGCUGAAAUCAUGAUGAAACUCUCUCAUCCCAAACUGGUCCAGCUCUAUGGAGUGUGCCUGGAGCAGGCCCCCAUCUGCCUAGUGUUUGAGUUCAUGGAGCAUGGCUGCCUGUCGGAUUACCUGCGCAGCCAGCGGGGGCUCUUUGCUGCAGAGACGCUGCUGGGCAUGUGCCUGGACGUGUGCGAGGGCAUGACCUACCUGGAAGAGGCGUGUGUCAUCCACAGAGACCUGGCUGCCCGAAAUUGUUUGGUGGGAGAAAACCAAGUUAUCAAGGUGUCCGACUUUGGGAUGACAAGGUUUGUCCUUGAUGAUCAAUAUACCAGUUCCACAGGCACCAAAUUCCCGGUGAAGUGGGCAUCCCCGGAAGUUUUCUCUUUCAGUCGCUAUAGCAGCAAGUCGGAUGUGUGGUCGUUUGGUGUGCUGAUGUGGGAAGUCUUCAGUGAAGGUAAAAUCCCAUAUGAAAACCGAAGCAACUCCGAGGUGGUGGAAGACAUCAGUACUGGAUUUCGGUUAUACAAGCCCCGACUGGCCUCUUCGCUUAUCUACCAGAUCAUGAAUCAUUGCUGGAAAGAGAGACCAGAAGACCGGCCACCCUUCUCUAGACUGUUGGGUCAACUGGCUGAAAUUGCAGAAUCAGGACUUUAGUGGACACUCAGUGCCAGGCCACAGGGGGCAGAUCCUGAAUGGAGGAAGAAUGUUUUUCUUCCAUAGAGCAUUAAAAGCUGCCACCAGCCCAGCACUCUGCAGAUGCAGCCGGGCCUCUGGCUCCAGUCCCUGAGCUGCCACGGAGGCAACAUCCUGACAGAGGCUAGCAGCCAGGCCACAGGCAAGAGGGUCAGCCACAGAGCUGGGAGUCAGGCCAGGACAGUGGUGAUGUCUCUGCCUUCCCUCUAGCUUCUUGUCACAUGUGGCACACAAACCUCAGUCUGACAGCUUUCAGGCAACAUUUCUUGCACUUCUUAGCAAUAGGAAGAGACAGGGAUACAACCCCAGAUUAUUUUUAUUAUCAUUUUAAACAUGUAUCUAAAGUUUAUGGUUUGAGAAACUUUUUAUUUGACCCAACAACACAGUAUCCCAGGAUGUGCAGCCAAGGGGAACAGGAGCA